CUGAUAGACGGCACUGACUGGCAUCACUGCUGGGCACUGACUGGCGGCACUGACUGGGACAACCCCUGGGCACUGACUGGUGGCACUGACUGGCAGCACUGCUGGGCUGCACUGGUGGGUGGCACUGGUGGGCAGCACUGGUGGGUGGGCACAGGUGGGUGGCACUGGUGGGCACAGGUGGGCGGAACUUGCGGGUGGCACUGCUGGGCACCGAUCAUCAGGGCACUGAUCAUCAGUGCCCUGAUGAUUGGUGCCGAUCCCCGCUCUGACAAGUGCCGGUUCUCGGCAGUACUUUCCUCACGAUCUGACAGCGUGAGGAAAGUGCAGCCAAGAACCGGCACUUGC